CGGCCAGCAAGACAAGCUGGAGUUUUUUUUUUCCCUCUCUCUCUCUGUGACAUGUGCUUGAGUUGCAGCGGAAAGGAAAUGUGUCAUCUGUGGUUUGGUUUUAAAAGUGGAAAGCUAGCUGUACGUACCCUUUUUUGUUGCAGAUGUACUUUACAUUUUGUAUUUUCUAAGUCUAUUCUACUUUAAAUAAGAAGACAAAAGAAGAAGUGGCUUAGUAAAAUUCCAUUAUCAAAUUUUGACCAACCAUUUUGUAAGAUUAACAAGUGAUAUUCUGUUCCAACAGAUUACCAGCAUACUCAUGCACAUGGAACACACAGGAUAUUACCUGCAUCUUGCCUUUCUGAUGACAACCGUUUUUUCUUUGUCUUCUGGAACAAAAGCAAACUAUACACAUUUGUUGGCUAACAAUACUAUCACCUGGGAUUCAGUUAUUCGAAACAACACGGGCAGACAGCAAAAUGAAAACAUUACCACCAGCCCUGUAACUCCUAAAAUGGAUUACAAAGUUAAUUCUACCAAGAUUCCUGAAACAGCAUCAUCGUCUCGGAUUGUGUCUUUAACUCCUAAAUCUGAACAGGAGCUCUACACACUUUCUGUUGUCAGGAACAGUUCUUCGACAGCAGAAAGCAUUGAAAACACAAGCAAAAGUCACGGUGAAAUUUUUAAAAAGGAUGUCUGUGAGGAAAAGAGCAACAACAUGGCCAUACUAAUUUGCUUAAUUAUAAUUGCAGUGCUCUUUCUCAUCUGUAUUCUUCUAUUUCUAUCAACUGUGGUUCUGGCAAACAAAGUCUCAUCUCUCAGACGAUCAAAACAAGCAGGCAAACGUCAGCCUAGAAGCAAUGGCGACUUUCUGGCAAGCAGUGGGCUAUGGCCUGCUGAAUCAGACACUUGGAAAAGAGCAAAACAGCUCACAGGGCCCAAUCUCAUGAUGCAAUCUACUGGAGUGCUCACAGCUACAAGGGAAAGAAAAGAUGAAGGAGGAACUGAAAAACUUACUAACUAAAAGAUACUUCAGGGAAGGAAAAUGCAAAGUAGUGAUGAGCAAGGUUCUGAGUAUACAUGGAAAUCAGUCUGGUAUCUCAAGCCAGCGUGUGGUGCUCACUUCGGCAGCACAUAUAAAAUCCGCACGCUGGUCAGAUGAUUUAGCAUCAAAAGGGAGAUGUAUGCCUGCUUAUUUAACUGCUUAAUUGCGUAUUUCUGUUUGACACUGAAUACUUUAAAAAAUACAACUAAGUACUUGGAGAAGUCCUUAAAACUAAGUUGAGGAAACUUGGUAAAAGAGAUAGCAAGGGUUAAUUAAACAUUCUCUAUUCAGCACUAGUAGUUAGAUGAUCUUUGCCUGAAUGUAACUGAACUUUUUAAGUCUUGGUAGGUCCUUAGAGCCAAGUACAUGCUUCACUAUCUAAUAGAAGUCAAAUUCCUAGUAACUUAAAAGUACCUUCUUUGUUGGAUAUGGCAGAAUCCAUACCAGCCCAUGUAUCACUGCAGCUAACUUUAGGGCACAUGCUUUCAUCUUUAUAUAUAGUACGUAUAAGGAAGUGCUUUCCUACUAUAAAUAUUAAAACUUAAUUUGUAUAAUAAAUUAGAUAAACCUGUGACUAUAUAUAUGUGCAUUCACUUCAUUGUCUUAGAGUAUACUGUGAAGACCAGUAAGAUGCAAUACAAGUAAAAUAGGUGAAAUUUACAGCCAUACCUGAAGGCUAA